CAGGAUGUUCUACUACUCUGGAGGGUCACGAGUGCAAGAAGGCGGCUCCUUUCUUAAGGCUCUCAAAUAGAUUCAUCUUCAAAUUCUAACUUGACUUCUCCUUCGGAUUAUCUCUUCGAAGGAAAAUCUUAAGAAGAAGACGCAAGAAAAAUUAGGAGAAGAGUUAUGUACUUAUUUCUGAGCUUUUCUAACUUGCGCUACUUGCGGGGUCGGUUCACGCCUCAUGCGCAGAUCGUGGCCGCUGGAGAACGUCAAGGUGAACGCCUCGUCGCGAAGGAUGACUACAACAUUACCUACACCACGACGCAUGGUGGUGCCUAUCAUCCUGUUCUUUCGCGAAUGAUGCUAACGAAAUAGACCAUAGACAUUCAGAUCUUUCGUGUGUUUACGCGAAAAGUAGUUGCAUUCUCUAAAUUCUAGUUCUUCUAGUCUAACUUCUUAACUUAAGUAACCUUAAAUGCUUUCGGACUACCAAUACAACAGCCCUGUCACAAGAAGAACGAGCUAGGUCAGCAACUCCACUGGUGCAAGACGAGGAAAAAGAAGACAGUUGUACUGCAGAGAUGUAUACGUGGAUGUUGCGGGACCUGCCAUGCCGGUUUACACAAGACCAGUUACGUGAGAUUUUGGACUCAAAAUUCGGACUGCGUGGAAAAUACAAUUUUCUCUACCUACCUAUGGAUCUGAGAAUUCGAAACAAAAAAGUACUAUUCCCGUUUUGUUCUGUAAGAAUAGGUUCGCUUUGAUAAUAUAAUUUGAUAAAGUUCUUGUAAGUAGUACCUACUAGAACAAUGAAGAUUUUUUCUUGUGACGUAAUUUCGUACAACAUUUGCCAGUAGCAAUAACAACCAUAAUUUUUAUCUUCAAGAGCAACAGCACCCAUUUUCACCAGGGCGCGAAUCGCGGCUACGGGUUUAUUAACCUAUCUCGGAAAGAGGAUUCCACACUGCUGUUUUCUCUCCUGCAUGGGCGCGUGAUUUAAGGAGGUAUCAUCAAUUACACCUUCCACCUCAUCAAUUCCGCCUGCCUCUUUUUCUAGUACCUAGAAAGAGGUGGGGGAAUCCUCUGAUUCCGGAGAGUGUAAUCAUGUUCUUGCAAUCUUUAAGUCAUUCCAGGGAGUGAGUCCACGAAAGUGUCUCACCUCGGACCAGCAAGAAUUCAGGGACUUUUCGCAAACCUGCUUUUCUACAAAAGUCAAUUUGUGCUUGACGACAAGGCUAGCUCAACUUCUCAUCACUCCGGAAAUUCGAAUUUUGAAGGAGCAAAAGAUGUUGUCAACAGCGCUGCAGGUUACAACAACUGCACUUCUGCACCGAGCAGUAGUAGUUCGAGCGCACAGAGCAGCAGCUGUGGUAGCCGAGCUCGUCUAGCAGAUUCCGAGUUAUCUCAGAAUGGCGAUAAGGCACUUGCGCUAGAACUUGAUGAAUCAUCGACGUCGGCAGCAGAGCCACAUCUUGUGCCGGUUGUUUCGACUAUCGUGCAGGCAGGCGGACGGGAGAUAAGAUUGCGCCUCUUGCUACCUUCUGGAGGAAACAGUCCUGACCUGGCUACAACAACUACUGCCAGUGGUUGCCAGAAAGAAGAAGAGGUAGUGCAACAAGAGCAGGGAGUUGUGAAAAUUCCUUAUCGAACAUCUAUGCGUCCGUGCUAUGACUCUCUAGUGCCACCUGAAAAUUACCAUGUCGACAAAAAUCAUACAGAACAAGAGGACCAGAACAAUAUGGCCUGUGUAGUGCUGCCGCAGUUUCUUUUAGACGUCGGGCGUGAUUCAGACGGAGAGAAAGAAAAUGGUAAUAAUACUUCAACAAUCUUCAAGACUCCUGGCCAAAGACCUUCUGAACGACAUCAAAGACGAAGGGAUCUGCAUCUCCAGCGCUUUCUGAAGGACGUCGCUCAAAGCUUAAGCCUGACACCAGAACUAGUUGUGACCUCACCUUCCGAGGAGGUUGAAGAAGAUGGACUACAGAAAAACGAGGACGCUCUUGCACAAAAAGACGCUACAACUAGUGAAUUCCCAGACGAAACCGCCAUCGAGCUGAAACAGAAGAUGCUGUUAACAUGUCCAGCGGACGACAAAGAAGAGGCAGCCUAUAAUUCUAGGAGGAGUAAAACAGAGCCGACUGGAGGAGCGUCGAAGAAAGAAAGUAGUAGCUCAGGAGGGAAUGUGGCAUCGAUAGAGUCUGCGAUAGAAGCAACGACUCUUUAUCCUGGACCACGGACGGUAUUAUUAUUAUUAAUAGCUUGAGUGCUAACUAGUAGUUGUACUCCUUUUUAUAUCUUGUUCUCGCGAAGUAUACUUUAGUAAGUUUGAAACUUCUACUUUACGAGGAGCACAGCAUGAGAAACAUCAGAAUAAGGUUAACGGCAGUCCAGUGGGAGAAGGCCAUGCUGCUGCAGUACAUGCGGCCGCGCGCUCUCUCGGUGCGUCCGUUUCCUGCUCCGUGGUUAGUCAAGAGUCCUAUUGUGCGACGCCUGAGGACAUGUUCUACCCUGCCACCACCCCAGCAGGCGUGCUAGUUUACUACUACAACGUCUACUGCCAGCAACAGGAACAACAACAGCAGCAGGAACAACAGUACGGCAAUACAAUACAAAAUCAGAAUUUGAAUUCGUAUCAGUCGCAGCUACAAGUACAACAGGAACAAUUUGAAACCUUCCAGUCACAAGCAAGUAUGUCGCAACAACAGCUUGUAGUUGAAGAGACCACGACGACUCAGAAUAACUCGGACUCUCAGCAUAACUCGGACUCUCAGCAGAAUUUAGCGAUAAGUGGAGGAAAUGCACAAGAUGGUAUCGGACAUAUAACAUGUAAUUGUUGUGAUUUGUUUUCCACGUUUAAGAUUUGUGUUUGCUUCUAACAAGAACAACACUCUUUCGUAGGUUAUUUUUGCAUUUAGAAAAACGUCCCUCGAAGUGCAAUUAGUGUAAUUGUAGGUCAAGAACUACACAUCACCUCAACAGCGGCCACGGAAACAAGCAACAAAAAGACGGCAGGAACAAGAAGUUUGCUUCAGAUUGAUCUUGUACCUAUGUUUGCGGAUCGUCAGUUUGGCAGUACUAAAACUAUUCGAACGACGUCAUCCGACACCACCAGUCCGUUGCAAAAGCGUGAGCGCGCAGCUUCUUGUCCGUCGGUUUCAAGAGAAACUAGGAGGCGCGUCCGACGAAAAGGCGACACGAGGGACGCGAUAAUGUUGAAGAACAAGUGCCCCAACAACGACGUCGAGAACAUUAAUAUUACAGGUCUCCUUCCAUCUCCAACUUCUAGGGCUACAGAGACUACGACAGAAACAUUUGCACCAGUAGUAGCGUCGCCUUUAUCAGGAACAUGGAAAUGCGUCUUUGAUACGCUUCCCAUCAUCCCCAGUCUUACAACAAAAGCCAUGUUGGGGAAUGACGCUGCUGAGGGAAAAGUAAGGGGCCAAAAUAGCAACCUGCCUGGUAGUAGUAGUAGUAGUAAUCCUGCUGUGAACGUUAAGUUGUCUCGCCCUAAUCCAUCUUCUGAAGCAUUCUGAGUAGCCUUUUCAAGGGGAAAAGGGGAGCAUGAUUAGAGUGAGCUUUACGCAAAAAAAGGGGAGGAUAGAUUAGAGUGAGAAAAGGGGAGCAUGAUGCUUUUCAGGAUGGAUCAGGGUGAGCUCUAAGAACGGGCAUCAACCUUUCGUCCGAUAUCCGGAAGGGCACUUUGCGUGCGCUGCCUCCUUUGUGCGGUGGACCGUCGGGUCGCUGCAGAAAGAUUCCCCCUGGAUCGCAAAAAACAUCCUGAAUACUGAUUAUGAUAAGGUGUAACAUAAAUAUACAACCGGUUAGUUUUUACCUCUGUCACGUAGAUGUAUCCCUUCAAGCAAACUAAUAUUCCUGGUUACUUAGACUAUUGUACGAAGUAAGUGUGGAGGUUCUUAGACUCAUUGUACAAAGUAGUAUGUGUUGGUAGUGAAGAUGAAAGACGGCUUUGCCAUUUUUGCAUAUCGACAUAAAAAACUGCGACUGGCGUGAUUUUUUCGUAACUAAAACUAAGAUGUGGAGGGUCGACACGGUUUCUCUAACAUAGCGAAGCUGCCAAAGUCGCUCCUUCCGUGUCCGCUGAAGCACAAAAGGCUUUACCAGCAAGCGAAGUUGUUUCUACGGAGACACGAUUACCAAAGGUAGCAGCAUGUGAAAAAGGGGGAGCAUUGGUUCAUAAGCACCCUACUAGUACUUCCACCUCAUCUGCUACGACCACGACGAAUAAAGGAGGUUAUUCAACAUCGACAACAGAUAAAGGAGGGGCGUCUAAAACGCAGGAGCAGCAAUGGCCCGCGCAGCCGACAGCGGCUUCAUCGUCGUGGUUUCAACCAGGCCAGUCGUCCUACUAUGGAAAAAACAAAGGCGGAUACAACAGUAGCGCAUCAGGAGCAUCGAAGACGGGCGACAAAAAGGGAAGCUUUCGAUCAGGAAGUGAUACCAAGGGAUUUCCACCUUCUUCUAAGGGGAAAGCGCAUGAAACAUUUCCAGAACAAUGGGGUGGCAGUGGUCAUGCGAUUACAGCGUUAGCAGGAAGCAAAGGAAGAUCAAAAAAAGGCAAUUGUAGUGUCUCAACUGGUAAAAACAAGGGCAGUAAAUCUGGUAAUUCUUCAAAGUGCGGAACAGGAACUCUUGGAGGUGACGAGGCAGAUGAAUCUUAUGGUGGAAGCGCUGCUGGUGCGAAUUUGCUGAAAAACACUGCUCUUGUUUCCUCCGCGAGGACACCGCCACCUGGGAGUGCGUUCGUCGAAGUCGUCUCCAUGGUACCAUCUCCGCACCAGGGAACCACAACAGGUAUGCCGGUACCCUUUUCGCAGUUUCCAACGCCUGCUCUGAGUUGUGCUUCAGUUCCAUAUCCGAAUACGCUUGGUGCGAACGGAUCCAACUUGGCAGGAGGAGCAACCCCAUUGUUCGCACCGAGCUGUGUCGACCCUCUGGUGCCGCUCCUUCCGGCUUGCUCCGGUCUUCCUGGCCCUUUUAGUGCUGAACUAGGACCGAUGGCAGUAUCGAACAACGUUCCUAUUCCGUUCGCACCAACAGGUACAACUACAGCGCCGACUGAUGUAGUUACGGGUGUUUUUACCACAACUACUGGUAUCACUGGUGGUGCUGCAUCAACUGGUAUGACUGGUAGUUUUCCGCAGAGUAGUCCGCCUCCGAGCUUGGAAGCGCUUGGCCUGGCGCCUGUGAUCCCCUUUGCAGCUCCACCAGGAACUUGGCCGCAUCUGCCUCCGAGCUCCGCGGCUUCGACGCAGGCACCUUCGAUCUCGUGGCCUUCGGCUCCUGGCACUUGUAGCGACUUGGAGCAACUGCUAGCACCUGCUAAUUCCGGGCAACAAGUAAUCGGUCCACCUCCGAGUAGUACUUCUGACGGCCUAGUGAGAGGACCCUUCGAUCUGCUAUCCACAGCCGGAUCGCUCUUGCCUUUCGGCGGCAAUACCAUGGGUGCACUUCCUAAUCCUCUCGCCUUUCUCACUCAAGGAGUUACCCCAGCGCUACCACCAGCACCACUCUCGUCUGCAAGCGCUACCAGUUCCGCAAGUAUUAAUAUCAUGGGUAUCACUUCCCCGAGUACGACUUCUCAAAAUAGUAUAGCGAAUGCGCAUCAACACUUGUUGAAUAGCAUGGAUAACGCGAAUGCGCAUCAACACUUGUUGAAUACCAUGGAUAACGCGAAUGCGCAUCAACACUUGUUGAAUAGUAUCAUGGAUACUAGGACAAGUUCUAUGAUGUUGAAUCUUCCCGCGACGAGCAGUACUAGUGGAAUGAUCAGUGUUUCUUGUCCUCCACUGCAUCCUCCGUUUCCCCUUAGCGGUCCGCCGCCACCAUCGAUUUCACCAAGCUUCUUUCCGGCUUCAACGUUUCCAGCAAGCGCGCCUAACCUUCAUCUUGUGGGCGGUGCUGGUGGAGGUGACAGCAACUACAACAACAACAUGAUAGUAUCUUCUUCAAGCAUGAUACCCCCUUCAAACUCCAACAUUAAUACCAUCUUCAAUACGACAUUGCCGCCACUGCCACAGGAGUUGCUCUACAAUUUCAAGAAUGACGUUUUCGUUACUUCUAGUGGCACCACAACGAAUUCUGUCAUCAAUCCCAAUGGCCCUACGCAGCAGAACUCGCAGUGCAACAUACUACCACUCCCACCACGUCCACAGCUUCCUCCUUGGUGAGUAUGGUGUCAAAAGGAACUGCAGUUAUAACAAAUUGGCAAAAUAAUAACAACUGUGGUCAAUUUGACGGGUAUGCAGUGUUUCUAAUUAUAUAUUUGUCCUCCAAAAAUAAAUACACAACUGUGGUAAGGGAUGAUUGAAAAAAACGCCUGUAGGCCAAUGAGAAGUUCACAUACCAACAUUCAUGUAACAGAUUAGCCAAGGGCUAAGUAGCAAAUCAGCGCUCUCAAAUGAAAUCAUUCCACCUCGCUCUCGAAUAACAUCAUUCCAUAAAAGUGCUACUUACAACAGCACUUGUAUCACACAUGACACUGGAAGAUUGAUAAUAAUGUAUGACGCAUACACAACACAGCAUAGAGGGCAUGGAGAAGCGUUCACGACUUUCGACAGGCUCAAUUUUGCGUAACACACAUUUUUGCCUCGAUAGAAUCGCGCAUGCAAACAUAAUAUGCGAAAAAAUGUUUGACGUUAAGUAAGAGAAAAUGUUUUUAAGGAGUUGCAGUUGUAUCUACCCGAUGCUGAUUUUUUUGCAGUUUAUCACAAUCGCGUGGGGUUAAGUAAAAAAGACAGAUAUCAAUGUAGGUAAUCCUCGCAAAACAAUACAAUAACAGACUAGGUAACAAACUAUCAUGAAUUUUUUUCUGCCAGUAAUCGGUGGCCACUGACUCUGUAAAAUCACGUUAUAAUGCUGUGUAGUAAAAGAUAACAAGUGCGUAGCAAUUAGUUAGAAUGAAUGUUCGUUUAGAAUUUUCUAUAAGUACAUACAUUAGUCCGUAAAAAAGUAUCACUAUUUCUCGAUCUCAGUCGCUGCAGUAUCUCAGGUCGCCUGUUUUUCAUGAGAACCAUUUUUCAUUCUUCGUGUUUCACUCUGCCAAGUAGGACUCGGUCAACGAAAAAAUACUCUUCUACUUCUGAAGUUAUGUGUUUGUGACACGGCCGCGAGAGCCUAGACGAGCGUAGCCGAAGUCACUCACUGAAAUGAAAAAGAAAGUAGAUCAUGACGCGCACUGUAGUAGUAAAAAAUCAGAUUCCAUUUCCAAGAAUGCCGAAAAGAAAAUAAACAUGAUCUGACUGGUGCAUCACCACACUUGUAUAUAGAACAAAUGCUGUAGCAGCACCACCACAUAGCAAAUAACAUGGCGUGUUUACGCGUGUAUAGCUUAUCUCACUUCUAUCCAUGGUGUCAAGAAGUAUCACAUGGUCUUCAGAGUAAGGAACGCGUGUGAGUUUUUUUACAUACAGAUGCGGAUUGUCGAAACAAACGACACGAAUUUAAUUUAAACGAGUGAGUGUCACGACCUCCGACAAAUUCCUGGUAUAAAGCAGAACAUACAGAAGUUGACGAAUUGCCGUGUCAAG